UUAUUGUGUAGCUCUAGUAACAUUGAUGAGAAUUGAAAACAACUACGUGUUACGGGACUGCAAUGACAGAUCAUAUUCUGGUAAUUAAACAAAUGUUAUGAUUUACAUGUGGGAUUUGGCUCAGUAGAUACCUCCUCAAUAUAAACCUAUCCAUUAUCCAUACAUUUUUAUUUCCUUCAAUGGCGAAUAAAAUACAACUUAGAAAAUUAACAAAUAAAAAGAAAACAUAGUUGGACUUUUCUUAGACCUUUCGAAAUUCGGCGUCACGAAUAAAGAACAAAAAACCUUUCAAAAUUCAAAGUCUCAUCAAACUCAUUCUUCAAGAAAGACUCACUCUCUUUUCUCUCUCUAUGAAAAAGCUUUGCCGGAAAGGAACCGUUCAUCCGUCGCCACCGCCGGCGAUAAAGACCGACGAACAGUUUCUAUCUCUUCUCCCCGUAGCUAUCCUCUCUCUCGUGGCGGCGCUCUCGGUGGAGGAUCGUGAAGUUCUUGCUUACCUCAUCUCAAACUCCGGCGACUCAAAUCGUAUCUCUCGUCUCAAGAAAAACAAAGAAGAUAAUCAUCACUCUCCUCUCUUUCUUUGUGAUUGUUUUAGUUGUUACACGAGUUACUGGGUCAGAUGGGACACGUCACCGAGGCGCCAACUCAUUCACGAGAUCAUCGAUGCUUACGAAGAUAGUUUGGAGAUGAAGAAGAAAAAGAAAGAUCGGAGAAAGCGAUCGGGAAAAGCUUCUGGACGAGUUAACUCGAUAGGAACGAGUCGACUCAGUGAAUUGGGUUCGAGUUCAGCCGAGUUUGCUGGUGGUGACUCGGAGAAAGAUGGAAAUUGCGGCGGUGAAGAGGCGGAGAAGGAGAAAGGCUCCGUUGGAAAGGUUAUGAGUUUCAUUGGUCAGAGAUUUUUGGGAGUUUGGGGAUAAGGAAAUUUCCAAACAUUUUGGUGGAAAAAAUGAUGAAAUUUACUAAAAAGACAAAUAAAUAAACUUUAGUUUAUUUUUGUAAAAUUUAUUUCUGGCUCAAGCUUUUUUCCAGAGAUUUUUAUUUUUUUUCUUUUCUUUUGCAUUUCCGUUAAUUUUAAUUUUUCCUUUUAAAGGGUUUAGUUCAUGUAAUAUAGAUGUUUAACUACGCACCCUGUAAUUUUUCAAGUUUAAGUCACUGUAUUAUAACAUCUAAAAUGAAAUAUAUGUGUAUCAUAGCAAAUACCUACACUUUUUAAAGAG